AUGGAGGUGGCAUCACCACAAAGCCCCGGAGCAAAUGGGGUUGCUGCGGCUCCCUUCCCAACGAUCGACCCGGUACGCGUUGUCGAGCACCUUGUUUCUGCCUGCGAGAUAGCUCUCGGAGCAACCAGAGAAGAUCUUGAGGCUUCUGGCAGCUUGUUGCAUAAGAGCCGCUACACCGAUACGAUGCAGCGUUGCAACCGAUUUGCCACGGAUGUUCAGACAACCUUGUACAUCCAAAAGGACAUAAUUCCAUCAUCGGGCAUCCAGAACGGUGACGAGGAGCCAAAAGCACCAUCCUAUACGUACACCCUCACACCUGAGAUCUCCUCUCUUCCCACAACCGUUUCGUCGCUCAGUCUCCUCAAGCGUUCGCAGCCGAUCGAUCCCGCGCUUCCUCUGUCCUCUCAACUACUUCUUACUAAUCUGCCUGGCCCGGCUACUCUUAAUGCCACUGUUGGCGAACAGGGCCCUUCCACUUCAGCUUUCGAGAUUCUUCACUCUUACGUUCACCACGUGCUGGCCCCGUACUUCGAUGCCAAUACCAAGAGCCAACAGCUGGCAAACGGCUCACGAGGCCGUGGAGACGUCGACUCCAAGACAGGUAUCCCGGUCACGAAGAAGAGGUGGAACGAUCUGGAACUUAGUCUGCUGCAUCUGCAACAGAAUGUUGAGAUCCCGGAGGUCUCGCUUAUUUUUCACCAUGUCGUCCAAGGUGCUCUUGACGAUGCCGCAUCUAGGCACUCGAAGCCAAAUCUCGAAUCGAUCCCUGCCGCGACCCUUGGCGACAGCAGCUUCCUCAACAACCUCCAGAGCAACGUCAAUAGCUGGAUUAAGUCGAUUCAAGUCAUCACAAAGAUGACCAAAGACCCAUCCGGCAACUCUGCGCAAGACUUCAAGUUUACAGCCAGUCAAGAAGUGAACUUCUGGCUGUCCAUGGAGUCGGCACUGGAGGGUAUCGAUGCACAGCUGCGUAGUGACGGAGUGACAUUGACUCUCGAUAUUCUCAAGAACGCAAAGCGUUUCCAGGCAACCGUUAGUUUUGUCGCCGACACCGGGUUGAAGGAAGCCGUGGAGAAGGUCCAAAAGUACAACCAGUUGAUGCGAGACUUUCCCCUCGACGAGCUUCUCUCUGCGACGUCUCUUUCGAAGCUCCAGGACGCCAUUGUACAGAUCUUCAGUCACUUGAACAAGAAACUGAGGAUCUGCCCCUAUCCCAUCCGAAGGGCUUUGCCGCUCGUGGAAGCAAUCUCGGCCGACCUAGACGACGUUCUUCACCGACUGCUCCCUGGGAUUGAGAUGGUGAACCUCGAUUACCAGGAAUUCAAGGGUAUCAUGAAGGCUUGCGACGACAUCUUCCGGACGUGGGACGACAGCAUCAAAGAGUUUACAAAUGUUGCUCGUGAGGUCACGCGCAGGAGGAACGAAAGGUUCAUCCCCAUCAAAGUCAACCCGAGACACGGCGAACUCCAGGCGCGACUCAACUACGUCAGCACGUUUCGAGACAACCACGAGCAACUGCAGCGCACUAUUGUCAACGUCCUAGGACCCAAGGCCACGGGUGGCGGUGCUGUCGAGACUACCGUGUCGAAUGGAGCCAUUGUCAUGGAGGAGAUGGGCGAUGUGGACGCCGUUGAGGAAGUCAAACAGGCUUGGGAAGCUCUCCGCAAUGUCGAUCUUCUGGAUGUGUCCGCCGAGGGUACUCAGAGAUGGGCCCGAGCGGAGAACCUCUACAAUGAGCGGACCUCGCGAGUCGAGAAUUCCAUCAUCUCACGUUUGCGUGAUCGCCUCGGAACCGCAAAGAACGCCAACGAGAUGUUCCGCGUCUUCUCCAAGUUUAACGCCCUCUUCGUACGCCCCAAGAUCAGGGGCGCCAUUGCAGAGUACCAGAAUCAGCUCAUGGAGCACGUCAAACAGGCCAUCAAUGGACUUCACGAGCGCUUCAAGCAACAGUACGGCCACUCGGAAGCCCAUGCCAUGGCCCAACUACGAGAUCUGCCUCCCGUCUCUGGUGCGAUCAUAUGGGCUCGACAGAUUGAGUUUCAACUCGACGGUUACAUGAAGAAGGUUGAAGAUGUUCUCGGUGCCGACUGGUCCCUGCACGCUGAGGGACAGAAGCUGGAAAACGAGAGCAACUUGUUCAGGAAAAAGUUGAACACCCGGCCAAUCUUUGAGUCCUGGCUCAGCGAUGUCCAGAGGCGUCAGAUCUCUAUUUCUGGCUACCUCUUCGACAUUCGCAGAAUCCGUUCUGCUGGUGGCACCCUCGAACUCCUUGUCAACUUUGAUCCGCAGGUCAUCACGUUGUUCAAAGAGACUCGCAACUUGAUGUGGCAGGAGUACAACAUUCCCCAUUCCAUCAACACCGUCUCAAAAGAUGCAAAACGGGUCUAUCCAUUUGCUGUCAGCCUCAUGGAGAGUGUUCGCACUUUCUCGCAGAUCACACGCCAGAUUUCCGAGAUGGGCGAAGAAGCUGUUCUAUUAUUUGGCUACCGAAACGAAGCUUAUGCGUUGGUCAACAAGGGCGUGCCGCUGCGUUGGGAAUCGUUUGUCAACACCCACGAGCUCUUCUUCUCGGGCAAGAAUAGUUCCAUUCUUCCAGCCGGCACAGAGUACGGUCUCGCAGGACGAAGCGCAGAAAGCAAACACAGUCUUUUCAUCCGCGAGUUUGCCGCUGCUGCAUCGCUGAUGCAGAGCAAGACUGCCUUCCUGAUGUCGAUCCAUGUUACAAUCGAAGAAGCUUUGUCACAGCUCAGCACGUGUCCAUACGAACCAUACGCGUUUCAGUCCCGUCUCGAGACCAUCCAGAAGGCCGUUGACCAGCUGAACCUAGAGCAGUACGUCAACCUGCCGUACUGGGUCGAGAACAUGAACCAAAAGAUCAAGGAAGUGCUUCUUGGACGUCUGCAACACGCCAUCCAGUCAUGGAUUCAGGCGUUUGAAGAUGACUAUCUUGACGACGGCCGACGUAAGAGAGCCAACGAGAGCAAUGACGAGGCGAAACCGGAGGGCCCGACGAUCAAGCGCUUGGUCCACGAACUUACCAUGCGAAACCAAGUCAUCUACCUGGACCCGCCUCUGGAAUUUGCCAGAGCGAGCUGGUUCGUCCAUCUUCACGACUGGCUUGGUGUUGUCUGCAACAUGAAGAAGAUCAAGGCCACCCGGUACCAGAUGACCCUCACUACGGCAACUUCUGAGGAACCCCGGUUCGACGACUUGCCUGGCGAGUGUACUGAUCUGCUGAGCCGGGUCUACGUGUCUGUCGAGAAGAAGCUAAGGGAGCUUGGCGCUUAUGUCGAUAAAUGGUUACAAUUCCAAUCGCUCUGGGACCUUCAAUCUGAGCAGGUCUACGAAGUUCUCGGCGACCAACUGUCAAGGUGGCUCCAACUUCUCCAGGAGAUUCGCAAGACGCGCCAGACUUUCGACACCCAGGAAGUCAGUCGUCAGUUCGGGCACACCACCAUUGAUUAUGACCAGGUUCAAACCAGAGUCAAUGCCAAGUAUGAUCAGUGGCAACACGAGAUUCUCAUGAAGUUCGCAAGCCGGCUCGGCACUCGCAUGCGCGAGGUCCAUGCCGACAUUGAGAAGGCUCGCCGUGAGCUCGAGGGCCCGCGUUUGGAUGCAUCCUCGACUGCUCAGGCUGUACAGUUCAUCACCAUUGUGCAAAGCUGCAAGCGUAACGUCAAGGCUUGGGCACCUGAGAUUGACAUGUUCAGGCAGGGACAGUCGACUCUCGUCCGGCAACGCUACCAGUUUCCCAAUGACUGGUUGCACAUUGAGCAGAUCGACAACUCUUGGGGAUCCCUGACUGAGAUCUUAGAGAAGAAGGCUAAGGUCGUUCAAGACCAAACCGACGCUCUACGUGCCAAGAUUACGGCCCAAGACAAGCACAUCAGCGACAAGAUUGCCGAGAUCACGGCUCAGUGGAACGAAGAGAAGCCUGUGUCAGGAACUAUCAAGCCCGAUCACGCCUCUGCCACUCUAGCUAGCUUUGAAACCAAGCUGUCCGAGCUACAGAACGAGUCUGAGAUGGUUGGCAAGGCGAAGGAGGCGCUCGACCUCCCCGCCAAUGUUGACAACUCUUUGGCCGCUGUUCUCGAGGAGGUUCACGACUUCCAGUCUGUCUGGUCCAAUCUUUCCACAAUCUGGUCUAGCCUCAACGAGACGAAAGAAACACUCUGGACUGCUGUCCAGCCCCGAAAGGUGCGAUCCAAGAUCGACGACCUACUUAAGAGCACCAAGGAGAUGCCGAGCCGCAUGCGCCAGUAUGCCGCUUUCGAACAUGUCCAGUCCAUCCUUAGGGGCUAUCUCAAGGUCAACUCCCUUCUCUCUGACCUGAAGUCUGAGGCCAUUCGCGAUCGCCAUUGGACCAAGAUCUACAAGCAGAUCAGACCCGGGAAGCGGUACUCGCCGGUGUCGUUGACACUGGGUGACGUUUGGGAUCUCAACCUCGUUGCUACAGAAGUCAUCGUCAAGGACAUCAUAGCCCAAGCUCAAGGAGAAAUGGCUCUGGAAGAGUUUUUGAAGCAGGUUCGCGAGACAUGGACCAAUUACGCACUCGAGCUCGUCAAUUACCAGAACAAAUGUCGCCUCAUUCGAGGUUGGGACGAUCUCUUCACCAAGUGCAGCGAAAACCUGAACUCUCUACAGGCCAUGAAACAUUCUCCUUACUACAAGGAGUUCGAAGAGGAAGCUUCUUCGUGGGAGGACAAGCUCAACCGCGUCCAUGUCCUUUUCGACAUAUGGAUUGAUGUGCAGCGCCAAUGGGUCUACCUGGAGGGUGUCUUCACAGGCAAUGCCGAUAUCAAGCAUCUGCUUCCCAUCGAAUCCUCACGAUUCCAAAACAUCAACAGCGAGUUCUCUACCGUCAUGAAGAAAGUCUACAAGCAGCCCUAUGUUUUGGAUGUCCUCGGCAUCGCGAACGUGCAGAAGUCCUUGGAGCGUCUUGCCGAGCUCCUCAACAAGAUCCAAAAGGCCCUUGGUGAAUACCUUGAAAAGGAGCGUGUGUCUUUCCCGAGAUUUUAUUUCGUUGGUGACGAAGACCUUCUCGAGAUGAUAGGUAACAGCAAUGACACUCUUCGCAUCGCCAAGCAUUUCAAGAAGAUGUUUGCUGGUCUUUCCGGCCUGAUAAUGGACGAUGAGACCAUCAUCUCUGGCUUCACUUCCAAAGAGGGAGAGGCUGUUCGACUAAAGAAGGAAAUUUCGCUCGUCAAGACGCCGCGCAUCAAUGACUGGCUGACGCUUCUCGAGAAUGGCAUGAAGUCGACUCUUGCCGAGCUUCUUGCCGACGCUAUCGCCCAGUAUACGCCCAUCUUCGAGUCUGAGAGUAUUGGCAAAUCAGUCUUGAUCGAGUUCAUGGACACAUUCCCCAGUCAGAUAGUCGUCCUGGCUGCCCAGGCGGCUUGGACGACAGCUGUAGAACAAUCCCUCGCCGACGGAGGAGUGACGCUCCAGUCGCUCUUUGACCGGGAGGUACAGGUGCUUCGCCACCUUGCCGACACAGUGCUCGGAGACCUCGAAGUCAUCCAGCGCAAGAAGUGUGAGCAGCUCAUUACAGAGUGUGUUCAUCAACGGGAUUGCGUUGAGAAGCUUAUGAAGCUGAAUGCAACCACGCCGACUCACUACCUUUGGCUCUUGCAGAUGCGCUACGUAUAUACGCCAGAAGGCGACUUCCAGCAGCGUCUGCAGGUCAAGAUGGCCAAUGCCAAGCUCAACUAUGGCUUCGAGUAUCUAGGAGUGCCAGAUCGUCUCGUCCGAACCCCUCUUACCGAUCGAUGCUUCCUCACCCUUACCCAAGCUCUCGAACAACGUCUCGGUGGCUCACCGUACGGACCAGCCGGUACGGGAAAGACAGAAUCGGUUAAGGCACUCGGCCUGCAACUUGGACGCUUCACCCUCGUCUUCUGCUGUGACGAUACCUUCGACUUCCAGGCCAUGGGCCGUAUCUUCCUGGGUAUUUGUCAAGUCGGUGCCUGGGGCUGCUUCGACGAGUUCAACCGCCUCGAGGAGAGAAUCCUGUCUGCCGUGUCACAGCAGAUCCAAAACAUUCAGCUUGGUCUCAAGCAAGGUGCUGAGGAUGAUAAGUCCCAGAUUGAGCUCGUUGGUCGCCAGCUCCGCGUGAACGCCAACACCGGCAUCUUCAUCACAAUGAACCCCGGGUAUGCCGGCCGUUCCAACCUGCCAGACAACCUGAAGAAGCUCUUCCGUAGCGUGGCCAUGUCCAAGCCUGACAAAGAGCUCAUCGCAGAAGUUAUGCUUUACUCUCAGGGUUUCAACCAAGCCAAGUCCCUGUCGAAACAGACUGUGCCAUUCUUCGACAGGUGCUCGGACAAGCUGUCCAAGCAAGCACAUUACGACUUCGGACUGCGUGCACUCAAGAGUGUUCUUGUCAGUUCUGGAGGCCUGAAGAGAGCCCGCUUGACUGGUGGUGAUGGCGUUGACGUCGUAGAGGCCGAAAUUAUCGUGCAGAGCAUUCGAGAAACGAUUGCGCCGAAACUCAUCAAGUCCGACGUCGAAAUCAUGAUGACCGUCGAGGGCGUUUGCUUCCCCGGCGUACAGUAUGUCCCCGCCAAUCUGGUGGCGCUCGAGGAAGCCAUUCGUACACUGGCCGCUGAGAGGCAGCUCGUCGUCAACGAUACAUGGAUGACGAAGGUUAUCCAGUUGUACCAGAUACAGAACAUUCACCACGGCGUCAUGAUGGUCGGAAACUCUGGUACAGGCAAGUCUGCGGCGUGGAAGAUUUUGCUGGAUGCUCUGCAAAAAGUCGAAGGCGUUGAAGGCGUGCAUCAUGUCAUCGACUCCAAGGUCAUGUCAAAAGAAGCCUUGUACGGCAAUCUCGACUCGACCACCCGUGAAUGGACUGACGGUCUGUUCACGAGUAUCCUGCGCAAAAUCGUUGACAACCUUCGUGGCGAGGAUUCGAAACGUCACUGGAUUGUUUUUGAUGGCGAUGUUGACCCUGAGUGGGUUGAGAACCUCAACAGUGUGCUCGACGACAACAAGCUCCUGACGCUUCCCAAUGGUGAGCGCCUCAACUUGCCUUCGAACGUUCGGAUCAUGUUCGAGGUUGAAACCCUGAAGUAUGCUACGCUCGCUACUGUCAGUCGUUGUGGUAUGGUGUGGUUCAGUGAAGACACUGUCUCUCCUCAGAUGAUGGUCGAGAACUAUCUGAUGACCCUUCGCACCAAGCCUUUCGAGGACCUUGAUGAAGACAAUGUUGCGUCGGCUCAGAGCCCGGCUAAGGCUCUCGCCCUCCAAACUCAUGUUGCCGAUCUCCUGAACUCUCACCUUACAGGCGAAGACUUUAUUUCGUCAGCCCUUGAUGAAGCUCGGGACUACGACCACAUUAUGGACUUCACCGUGGCACGUGUGCUGAAUACUCUCUUCUCGCUCCUCAACAAGGCAGUUCGAGACAUGAUUGAGUACAACGCCCAGCACUCUGACUUCCCCCUUGAGCCAGAGCAAGUCGAGGCCUACGUUUCCAAGAAGCUGCUGCUUGCUCUCGUCUGGUCUCUCACUGGAGAUUGUCCGCUGAAUGACCGCAAAACCUUCGGCGACGCCGUUGCUGGUCUAGCAAGCUUCGGCUCACCGCCUCUCGAUGGUGCCAGCUCUCUCAUCGAUUUCGAUGUCUCUCUUCCCAAGGCAGAGUGGACGCAGUGGCAGAACCAGGUUCCUACUAUCGAGGUCAACACUCACUCCAUCACACAGACUGAUGUGGUUAUUCCCACUCUGGAUACAGUUCGCCACGAGGAUGUGCUCUACUCCUGGCUCGCUGAGCACAAGCCCCUUCUUCUUUGCGGCCCGCCAGGUUCGGGUAAGACAAUGACGCUGUUCAGCGCUCUCCGCAAACUUCCCAACAUGGAGGUUGUGGGCCUCAACUUCUCAAGUGCUACCACUCCAGAUCUUCUGAUCAAGACCUUUGAGCAACACUGCGAAUACAAGAAGACACUGAACGGCGUGAUACUGUCGCCUACUCAGAUUGGAAGGUGGUUGGUCAUCUUCUGUGAUGAAAUCAACCUUCCUGCGCCUGAUAAAUAUGGCACGCAACGAGCCAUAUCUUUCCUUAGGCAGCUCGUCGAACAUAACGGCUUCUGGAGGACAUCUGACAAGUCCUGGGUCACGCUUGAUAGGAUUCAGUUUGUAGGUGCUUGCAACCCGCCGACCGACGCUGGCCGUACUCCAUUGGGUGACCGAUUCCUGCGACACGCCCCUCUCAUCAUGGUUGACUAUCCUGGCGAGCUUUCUCUCCAGCAAAUUUACGGCACUUUCAACUCCGCCGUCCUUAAGAUCAUCCCCACGCUCCGUGGCUAUGCUGAUCAGCUCACGCAAGCCAUGGUUAAGUUCUACCUCGAAUCUCAGCAACGCUUCACCCCCAAAAUCCAGCCACACUAUGUUUACAGUCCUCGUGAGCUGACACGAUGGGCCCGCGGCAUUUACGAGGCGAUACGCCCGCUGGAGAAUCUGUCUUUAGAAGGUCUUAUCCGUAUUUGGGCGCACGAAGCUCUGCGACUUUUCCAAGAUCGUCUUGUAGCCGAAGAUGAACGCCAGUGGACGGAUGAGGCAGUACGGCGCAUCGCAACCCAGUACUUCCCCAGCAUCGACGAGCAGCAGGCUCUCGGUGGGCCCAUUCUGUUCUCGAACUGGCUAUCAAAGAACUAUGUCCCUGUGGACCGCGAGCAGCUUCGAGACUUCGUCAAGGCUCGUCUCAAGACAUUCUGCGAGGAAGAAGUGGACGUGCCUCUCAUUCUCUUCAACGACGUUCUGGAGCAUGUUCUUCGUAUCGAUCGUGUGUUCCGCCAGCCUCAGGGCCAUUUGAUUCUCAUCGGUGUCAGUGGAAGUGGCAAGACAACUCUCUCUCGCUUCGUAGCCUGGAUGAAUGGUCUGAAGGUCUUCCAGAUCAAGGUCCAUGGCAAGUACUCUGCUGAAGACUUCGACGAUGACCUCCGCGACGUCCUGCGGCGCUGCGGUUGCAAGGGCGAGAAGAUCUGCUUUAUCAUGGACGAGUCCAAUGUUCUCGAUUCGGGUUUCCUGGAACGGAUGAACACCCUGCUGGCCAACGCCGAGGUUCCUGGUCUCUUCGAGGGCGACGACUUUGCCGCCCUGAUGACGGCAUGCAAGGAAGGUGCUCAACGUCAAAACCUGCACCUUGAUUCUCAGGAGGAGCUUUACAAGUGGUUCACACAACAGAUUGUGAAGAACCUGCACGUCGUCUUCACCAUGAACCCGCCCGAAGACGGUCUCGGCUCCAAAGCAGCCACCAGUCCAGCGCUGUUCAACCGUUGCGUGCUCAACUGGUUCGGUGACUGGUCUGAUCAGGCGCUCUUCCAAGUAGGCCAUGAGCUUACCCACUCCAUUGACCUGGAUCGGCCCAACUUCCACGCACCUGAUUCGAUUCCCGUCGCGUACCGCGGGCUCUCUUUGCCGCCAUCGCACCGCGAGGCGAUUGUCAAUUCCAUGGUUUACAUUCACUACUCACUUCAGCGCUUCAACGUCAAAUUACAGAAACAGCAAGGCAAGGUCACUUUUCUCACGCCCAGGCAUUUCCUUGACUUCGUUGCGCAAUACGUCAAACUUUACAAUGAGAAGCGGGAGGACCUUGAGGAACAGCAGCGCCAUCUCAAUGUCGGUCUAGAGAAGCUCCGCGACACCGUCGACAAGGUUCGCGAUCUGCGUGUCAGCCUUGCGGAGAAGAAGUCGCAGCUUGAGCAGAAGGAUGCCGAGGCAAACGAGAAGCUGCAGCGCAUGAUUGCCGACCAGCGAGAGGCUGAGCAGAGGAAGAAUACUUCUCUCGAGAUCCAGGCUGCUCUAGAGAAACAAGAAUCCGAAGUUGCUUCAAGGAAGAAGAUUGUGUUGGAGGACCUUGCGCGAGCCGAGCCGGCUGUCGAAGAAGCCCGCGCCAGCGUCAGCAAUAUCAAGAGGCAGCAUCUCACGGAAGUCCGAUCCAUGGGCAAUCCACCUCAAGGUGUCAGACUCGCUCUUGACUCUGUCUGCACAUUGCUGGGUCACAAGGUCAACGAGUGGAAGAACAUCCAAGCGAUCGUGCGCAAGGACGACUUCAUUGCUAGCAUCGUCAACUUCAACAACGAGGAGAAGAUGACCAAGCCUCUGCGCGUCAAGAUGCGAAACGAAUUUCUGUCGAACCCCGAGUUCACGUUUGACAAGGUUAACCGCGCCAGUAAGGCCUGUGGUCCGCUAGUCCAAUGGGUGGAGGCGCAGGUCACUUACUCAGAGAUUCUUGAUCGUGUCGGCCCUCUGAGGAAUGAGGUAGAGCAGCUCGAAGAGCAGGCUCUGCAAACGAAGGCUGAAGCCAAGGCCGUGGAAAACACCAUCAAUGCCCUUGAAUCAAGCAUUGCGACCUACAAGACCGAGUACGCGGCGCUCAUCAGCGAGACGCAAGCCAUCAAAUCCGAGAUGGAGCGAGUACAAUUCAAGGUCGACAGGAGUGUCAGGCUCCUUGACAGUCUAUCAUCAGAGAGAGUUCGCUGGGAGGAAGGAAGCAAGUCUUUCGAGACGCAAAUCAGCACCCUCGUUGGCGACGUCCUCGUCGCCGCGGCUUUCCUCGCUUACAGCGGUCUUUAUGAUCAAACCUUCCGAAAGUCAAUGAUGGAAGACUGGCUGCACCAGCUUCAUCUUUCCGGAGUCCAGUACAAGCAACACAAUCCUGUGACCGAGUAUCUUUCUACUGCUGAUGAGCGGCUCGGCUGGCAAGAGAACAGUCUCCCCGUGGACGACCUCUGCACCGAGAAUGCCAUCAUCCUGAAGCGCUUCAACCGCUACCCUCUCAUCAUCGAUCCAUCUGGGAGAGUCACAGAGUUCCUCCAGAAAGAGAGCAAGGAUCGUCGCUUGACGGUCACUAGCUUCCUUGACGAUUCCUUCACCAAGCAGCUUGAGAGCUCUCUCAGAUUCGGUAACCCAAUCCUGAUCCAGGACGCGGAGCAUCUCGACCCUAUCUUGAACCAAGUCCUCAACAAAGAGUACCAAAAGACUGGCGGUCGUGUUCUCAUCCAGCUCGGCAAACAACAGAUUGAUUUCUCGCCUGCUUUCAAGAUCUAUCUGUCUACGCGCGAUCCGUCCGCAACCUUCCCCCCCGAUAUCUGCAGUCGAACCACAUUUGUCAACUUCACGGUGACGCAGAGCAGUCUUCAGACACAGUCCCUGAACGAGGUUCUCAAAUCCGAGCGGCCAGAUGUGGACGAACGACGGUCAAAUCUCAUCAAGCUGCAGGGAGAGUUCACGGUGCACCUGCGCCAGCUUGAGAAGCGCCUCCUCCAAGCCCUCAACGAGUCUCGUGGCAACAUCCUUGAUGACGAUAACGUCAUUGAGACUCUGGAGACCCUCAAGACAGAGGCGGCGGAGAUCUCGGCAAAGAUCAGCAGUACUGAGGGUGUCAUGGCAGAGGUAGACGAGAUCACGCAACAGUACAGCAUUAUUGCUCGUUCCUGCAGCACUGUCUUCGCCGUGCUGGAGCAGCUGCACUACCUCAACCACUUCUACCAAUUCUCGCUCCAGUACUUCCUCGACAUUUUCCACUCUGUCCUGCGAGGUAACCCGAACUUGGCUAAUGAGACGGACCAUAAUGUCCGCCGGGAUAUCAUCGUCAAGGACCUGUUCGUCUCUGCCUUCAAGCGAACAGCUCUGGGUCUGCUCCAACGCGAUCGUAUCACCUUAGCCAUGCUGCUUGCACAGGCCUCGCCAUACCCUAUGGACAAGGGGCUCAUCGACGUCAUCCUAGACAAGCGUGUGGAGGGCAAGGAUCUCUCCACCGAGCCAGAUGCCCGAGACGAGGCCUUUGCCAGAGCGGGCCACUUCAGCGCGCUCAAGGACAAGCUGGGCAGGGCCGCCUCUACUGACUGGGACACUUUCCUCACCGAAGAACUUGCAGAGAACUUUGUUCCCCAGAUCUGGGACGACAACACAUCGGGAAAUGACCAAGCACUGCUAUCUCUUCUGCUGGUUAAGCUUUUCCGCCUUGACCGUUUCGUUCCUGCUGCAGAGCGCUUCGUGACGCUCGUAUUUGGCUCUGACCUCUUCGAUAUUGUGGAGGAUCUUAAGGAGACUGUCACCCAGGUGCCUGCCACCAGACCUGUCGCCCUUGUCUCUAGUCCUGGCUUCGAUGCCAGCUACAAGGUCGACAACUUGGUUGAGAGAAUGCGAGUCAACUGCACCAACAUUGCCAUGGGUUCCAAUGAAGGUCUCGCCAGCGCUGACAAGGCCGUCACCAACGCCGCACAAACAGGCUCGUGGGUCUUGGUCAAAAACGUUCACCUCGCACCGUCUUGGCUUCAAAGUCUGGAGAAACGCAUGGAUUCUCUCAACCCCCACUCGGACUUCCGGCUGUUCCUCUCCAUGGAGUCGAGUCCCAAGAUUCCCGUCAACCUCCUGCGCGCUUCUCGGGUCCUCAUGUACGAGCAGCCUGCUGGCGUAAGGGCCAACAUGAAAGACUCGAUGUCCUCGCUCUCAACACGGUCUGCAAAGAGCCCUGUGGAACGUACCAGGCUUUACCUUUUGCUCGCUUUCCUCCACGCCGUUGUCCAGGAGCGUCUGCGCUAUGCCCCCAACCUCGGUUGGAAGGGUUUCUGGGAGUUCAAUGACAGCGAUUACGAAUGCUCGGCAUUCAUCAUUGACACGUGGAUCGAACAGGCCGCCGGGACUCGCACGAACAUUGCGCCUCAAAGCAUACCGUGGGACAUGAUUCGCUACCUCGUUACUGAGACUUACGGCGGCAAGAUCGACGACGAAGGCGACUUCCGCCAGCUCAACAGCCUCGUCGAGUCAUUCCUCACGCCUGCAGCAUAUGACAUUGGGCACAAACUCGUUGAGGGGCCUGAUGGUUCUGAGGAAGGCAGUCUGGUUGUCCCAUCCGGCACGUCUCUACCUGAGUUCACAGCCUGGAUUCACAAACUUCCCGAGCGCGAGCCGCCCACGUACCUCGGACUGCCGGCCAAUGCAGAGAAACUGCUGCUGGUUGGUCUGGGCCGCAGCCUGAUCGGGAAUCUGAAGAAGGUGAUGGACACUCUGGACGAGGGCGAGCAGCUCAUGGCUGAAGCUUAG